GCGAACGCGGAGGCCAGCGUUUCCUGCCUGACCGGUGGACAUGUCACCUGCAUCUGGGGGAAUUUUUAAAAUUUUUUAAAAACAUCUGGGGGAAAUUGACUCACAGCCUACUGGUACAACUGCGGUGUUCUUUUUUUUUUUUUUUUUUUUUUUUUUUUCUUUCCCGUAGAGCCGAAGGCGCAACUGCGGCGGAGGACACGAGAGCGAUGGCGAAGCGGGUGGAAUCGCCGUCCAUCGGCAUCGAUCUGGGGACGACGUUCGGCUGCGUUGGCGUGUACAAGAAUGGCCACGUGGAGAUCGUUCCGAACGUCCAGGGUAACCGUAAAACGCCAGCAUGYGUGGCUCUUACGCACGUGGAACGUCUGAUUGGGGAGGCGGCGGACAGCCAGCUUGCGAUGAACCCGUUGAAUACGGUGUUCGGGGUGAAACGGCUGCUGGGUCGCAGGCUCGGCGACCAGUCGCUGGAGAGCGACCAGAAGUGGUGGUCGUUCAAAGUAGUGGCAGAGACUGAUGGCAAGCCGCAGAUCUGCUUGUCUUACAAAGGUAAGACGGUGAUGUUCGCCCCAGAGGAUAUCUGCGCCAUGGUGCUGAGCACGUUGAAAGACGUUGCCCAGGCAUACAUCGGUCGAGAGGUUAAGAAUGUGGUGGUGUCCAUUCCCACCCACUUCACGUAUUUGCAGCGAAGCGCAACCGUGGACGCUUGCGUAAUCGCAGGCUUGAAUGUGAUUCGGACCGUUCCGGACACGCUGUUGGCUGGGCUGACAUAUUGUCUGGAAAAGAGAGGGGCAAGGGCGGCGGCGGGGGAAGAGAAGGUUAUGGUGUUUGACCUAGGCGGGGGCACUCUCGGAGUGUCGCUGAUGACGGUCGGGGAAGGGGGCAUGGAGGUGAAGGCGGCCGGAGGCGAUACCCACUUGGGAGGCGAGGACUUCACCAACAGGCUGCUUGAACACUUGGCGGAGGAGUUCAGUCGGAAGCACGGGAGGAACGUGAGAUGGAACGCGCGGGCGAUGCAAAGGCUGAGGAUGGCCAGUGAGCGAGCCAAGCGCACUCUAUCGACAAUCGCGAAGGCGAUGGUGGAGAUCGACUCCCUGUACGAUGAUCUGGACUUUCGGACGACGAUAACGCGCGACCGAUUCGAGGAGCUGAACGCCGAUCUAUUCCAGAGAUGCGUGAGUUGCGUAGAAACGACUCUGAAGGACGCGGGGGUGGAGAAGAGGGAGGUGAAGGAGGUGGUGCUGGUUGGAGGAUCGAGUCGAGUGCCCAAAAUCCAGCAGAUGUUGUCGGACUUGUUCGGCGGAAAGGAGCUGUGCAAGAGCGUCAAUCCGGACGAAGCUGUGGCAUACGGAGCGGCAGUGCAAGCGGCCACCCUGGAAGGCAGCUUCCGCGAGAGAGCGCCAGUCUUGAGGUGGACGGAUGUGACCCCCCACGCUCUAGGGAUCGAGGUUGGCGGCGGGAUGAUGGACGUCGUCAUUCCUCGUAAUUCACUGAUUCCGGCGAAGAAAGAACUGUUCUUCUCCACGCAUAUUGACAAUCAACCGGGGAUGCAGAUCAACGUCUUCGAGGGCGAAUGCCGUCGGGCGUGGGAUAAUCGUCUUCUGCGGAGCUUGGACUUCGGCGGACUCCCGCCGUCGCCAGCAGGCUACCCGCAAAUCUUCGUGAAUAUCGAAAUCGACGCCAAUUACAAGAUCCAGGUUCUUGCGGAGGAGAGGAGAACGGGCAUGAAGAAAUGUGUGGACAUCGAGCCCAGGGGAUGCUUGACCAAACUGGAGAUAGCGCGAAUGGUGGAGGAGGCGGAGAGAUUCAAGGCCGAGGAUAGAGAGAGAAAGAGGACGGUGGAUGCAAGAAACGCGUUAGAAGAGUACGUGUUCGGUCUUCAGAAUCGAUAUCUGACGGACGAAAAAGGCGACGGAUCAAAGGCAGAUGCGCCGCUUCGAGACAGAGAGGAAAUGGAUGGCCUCUUGCAGGAAACGUUGACUUGGCUAGAGGACAACCAAUUAGCAGGGGCAGAGGAAGUAGUGAGAGUUCACAAGGAAUUGGAGAGGCUAAUUAGUCCGAUCACCGGGAGAUUUGCGUCGGGUGCAGAUGGUGAUGGCCAUCAUGGCGGCGGCGGCGGUACAGGAUCAUCGCCGGGCGUCCCGCAGCCAUCGCCAUCGCCAUCGCCGUCGUCGUUGCCGUCGCCGUCGCCUUCGCCUUCGCCUCCGACUGCGGCGAAUUGUGAGAAAGCGAGGAGGAGCGAUGGUGAGAAGUGGAGACCCAAUUCCAAGGAAGAGAAAGCGGCGGACAUAUCCAACGACGACCGCGGUGGAAAGGAAGAGGAGAAAGAGAGGUCACAGGACCAACAAGAUCAAGGGAGAGGGUCAAGGAGGAUGCUGUGCGAUUUCGAGAACUUGGUAGACGAUCUGAGGAGAAGCAUUCUGUACGACGAAAUCCUUGCCGCCAAAUUCGAUCGCGCUGAUAGAUUGCGCAUCGAGGAGAAGUUCCAGGACUUGAGGAUGCUCAAGGAAGGGGGGGGGGGCAAGAAGGGGGGCAUUAUUAACAUUCGCCACAUCUGCGGCGUCCGUAAGCAAGAGGAAAGUCUCAGAUGCCAGCAGGAUGGUGAUAUGGUUGCGGAGGAUUAUGAUAAUGUUGGGGCUGUAGAGGGACUGGCGAUGGGGGUCUGUGAGGUGGAGGUACGGGGCAGUGUGCCACGUAGUGCACCGCCAACUGGAUCUGGAGGCGCGUGGGCGAGAGGCACUGUUGGAGCCAUGGAAGAGCGGAGAGAGCUUCACGUUCGGGAGGGGACGGAGGAGAGGGAGGAGGAGGAGGAGGAGGAGCAUCCUUGGCAGGAGGUGGAGAUCCUGGAUAGGAAGGCGGAUAAGCAGGAGCAGGAGCAGCAGUACAAGGAUGUACAGGAGACAAAGUGUGCAGCAAGAGCAGCAGGAAGAGAAUGUACAGCCAGGAGCAUGAGCAGGCGAAGGAAGAGGAUCAUCAAGGAGCAGCAGCAUGGGGAGCAGGAGCAGCAGCACCAGGGCCAGCAGAAGUAGCAGGACCAAGAAUAUCAUGAACACCACCAGGACCUGCGCCAGGACCUGCACCACAAUCAACAGCAGAAGCAGGA